GCUCGUCGAGGUCGGAAAUUCCAAAUACGCGUCUGUAUAUCUAUGGUUGGCCUCAUAUUGCGUAAUCGUUUUGCGUCUUUUUCCCUUUUUUCGUUGGUGCAUAAAUCCUUACUGGAAAAUAAAUUAUUAAGCAAGUAUUUUAAUCGAUAUAAAUGUGUUCUCUAUGAUAUGUAGAAUAAAAAAUAUACGGACAAAAUUUCGGUUCUGUGACCGAUUUUUCUUUCUGUUUUCUUUAAAACUAUAGUAAAAACUAAACCUUGAAUAUCUUGACAAAUGUGCUAUACACGUAAAUUCAAAACAACACAGCACGGUCGCCACUGUCGCGAUUUUACAUUAUAUUGAACAAUUUAGAGGAGAAGUCUAACAUCUCUCACUAGACUCCAUAAUAAGAACUCCGCCCGCCGCGCGCCGCGCCAGCUGGUCGUGGCAGCGAUGGAGGUGUCGGCGCCCUCCUCACUCACCUACCGGGUGUUUUUCGCGGCGCGAGACGGCCUCACGAUCACGCUGUACGCCCUGCUGGCCGAUAAGCCGCCGGACGCGGUGCGACGCGCGCUGAGUCAGGCCGUGGAGGACGGCGGCCAGCGCUGCGCCGCCCUCCUGAUCGCCGCUCGCAACGGACACAACAAGACGGUGAAGAUGCUGCUGGAGAAGUUCCGGGCCGACUUGGAGCAGGAGGGGCGCGUCAAGUUUGACGACUUCACCAUUGAUGGUGCCAGCCCGCUGUGGUGUGCGGCCGGCGCCGGUCAUUUCGCCGUGGUGCAGACGCUGGUAUCGGCCGGCGCGGACGUCAACCACCCGACGGCCACGUUAUCGACGCCGCUGCGGGCCGCCUGUUUCGACGGCCGGCUGGACAUUGUCCAGUACCUGGUGGAGCACGGCGCCGACAUCCACCUGGCCAACAAGUACAACAACACCUGUCUGAUGAUAUCGGCUUUCAAGGGUCACGACGACAUCGUCGAGUACCUGGUGUCGCGCGGCGCCGAGCUGGACCGUCGGACCAACUGCGGCGCCACGGCGCUGCACUUUGCCGCCGAGAGCGGGCACGUGUCUAUCGUGCGCCUGCUACUGGCGCGCGGCGCCUCGCUGCUGCCCAACGAGCUGGGCCUGACGCCGCCGCUGGCAGCCGCCGAGCGCACCCAGGAGGCCGCCGUCCGGCUGCUGCUCGAACACUGCCCGCUCACCGUCGCCGAGCGCAUCGACGUGCUCGAGCUGAUGGGAGCCACGUUCGCCAACGACAAGGACAACUACAGUCUGGAGCGGUCCUACGAGCUGCUGCGGGAAGCGAUGGUGCUGCGCGAGGCGCACGGCGUGCCCAAGCGGCCCGGCUCGCCGGUGGCCGCCUACCAGAACCACCGCGAGUGCACCAGUCUGACGGAGCUGGAGGCGGCACGCGCCCAGCCCGACCUCCUGCACAUGGAGAGCCUGGUGAUCCGCGAGCGCGUGCUGGGCACCGCCAACCCGGAGAUCCCGCACUCGAUCAUAUACCGCGGCGCCGUGUUCGCUGACAGCGCGCGAUUCGACCGCUGCCUGGAGCUGUGGCAGCGAGCGCUCACGCUCAAACAGGCCACACGCACCUCGGCUGCUAAAGAUCUGCUUCGGUUCGCACAGGUGUUCUCUCAAAUGGUGUUUGUGGGCGUGUCGUUUUCGUUCAGCUGUCUGGUGCAGGUGCUGGCCUCCUGUGUCCAAGAGAUCGAGUUGAAUCUCAGCAAGAUCGCCAGUCCCGGACCCAAGGAUGAUCCCGCCGCGCUGCAGGACGAGCUGGAGGGCAACAUGACCACGGUGUUGUACAUGCUGAUGAUUGCCAACCGGCUGCUGCCGUCCGCCACCGCCGACCAGGAGCUGGACGUGUGCCGAGCAGGAUACAGGCUGUGUCAGAUGGGCCAGGUGACGCGGCGCGGUCGCAGCCUGCUCCACAUGGCCACGUUUGCUGAUACGCCGGUGGACGACUUCCACACCAGCAACAUCUGCAAGUUCCCGUGCGCGGCCACUGCGCGUCUGCUGAUCCGGUGUGGCGCCGACGUCAACUGCCGGGACGCCGACGGUAACACGCCGCUCCACCUGAUUGUCGGCUACCAGAAGCCCAUCAGCGACUUCCUCACACUGCACAGCAUCAUCGUGGCGCUGGUGGAGGCCGGAGCGCACAUCGACGCCUGCAACGUGUCGGGGCGGACUCCGUUCGAGUCGGCCACCACCGGUGUCGCUGAGAUCAUCCUGCGCACCCAGUCGAAGCUGUCACUCAAGUGUCUGGCUGCCCGCGUGGUGGCGCGCCACCGUAUCCCUUACACCGGCUGCGUGCCGCGCGACCUCGAGUCGUUCAUUGAACUGCACGGACCGGCCGGGCACGCGGACCGCGUGGACGGCGGCCGCGGCGGCCGCGACAGCCAGCUCAAAACCAUCUGAGUCGGGAGAGGGGGCUGAAGUUAUAUUAUACGGACAGGCAGCUGAAACCCAUCUGAGGCAGGACAGCCAGCUCAAAAUCAUAUGGGUGCCGGAAAGUCGGCUGAAGCUAGGUAUCUACGGGACAGGCAGGCUGCAAAGCAGUGUACGAGGCCGCCCGUCCACCGGCCGACGAACACAGAGUGAUGUAUUGCGGCCAGAGUCCUAGCUUUUCGGCUGGCUGGCGAGGGCUGAUGCAUUUUGACAGCUAUAAGGGUCCCAGAUUCAAGCCUGGCUGGCGAGGCUGUCACAAGGUUCCAGCUUUCCAGCUGGCUGGUGAGGCUGACGGUCACAGGGUAUCAGCGUCACUUGCUUGCGGUCGAAUGAUCUGAUGGGGUAUUGGUUUCGCUCGGUACACAGGUGAGGCCCGGACUCGGGGCGAGAUAAAGCCACUGGCAGUCGCCGCGAGUGGGACGAACCCUGUGCCCUGUGGGUGCUCUCUGAUGGAUGGGUGUGUGUAUCACCCGGGUAAACAAUAGUUCCGUGAUCGACCUCUGCUCUCCGGGAGCUGUGGCCGGCCGUUUUGUUUUUAUGCGCUGCCACCCAUGACAUAUUGCCGGCGCAGGCGUUGUGUUUAGUGUUUAUCAGCCAUGACAGAUGCCGGUGUGGGUUGGAGGCGGUCGGCCGGCGCCGCCGUUUGUGAUAUAUGCGCCACGGUUGGCUCUCAGCUGGUAACUGUCGCCGAGAGACGUGCUAGGUUUUACUGCGAGCUUCUGCGCGGGUUGUGUGUGGCUGGUUUCGGUCGGUCUGGCCGUGCGGUCAGUGUGCUGCGGGUUGUGCCGAGUCGGGUGGAAGUGCCACCAGUCCGAGGACAGCUCCGUUCUCCGAUGGAUCGUCUCUGUGCUCAGUUCAGGCUGGGAGCGCCGUGUACCGCCGGAUGUAGACCGGUGAGACGGUGACUGAGGAUUGUUGUUGUUAACGCCGUCCAGUGAGGUCGGUAAUGGAGGAAUGUUGGUGCACGGAGACGCUUUGCCGCCGACCCUGGGGUGGGCGAUGCGAGGUACGGGCUGCUGCGUGCCCCCGGCGGGCAGGGCCUACCCGGCCGGCGGCUGCUCGGAGUAUGCAAACUGGUUGUGUUCCUGAACUAUCUGAUGAAUAUAAGACAGCUAUCGAUUUA